GGAAGUGGGACCGCGGCGUCUCUCCCGUCUGUGUCAUGGCUGCGGCGGGGCUGGAGCGGGCCCUACGGGAGGCUGCGGCGGGGCCGGAGCGGGUCGGGGAGGAGGCGGCGGCAGCGCUGGGCGCAGUGCGGACUGCGCUGGCGGCGGCGGGGGGCGCGGCAGCCCUCGGGAAGCGAGAGCGGGCGCUCUUUGGAGCCUUUUUGCGGAGCCUGGCCGGGGCGCCCCGCGCUGCGCGGCCCGAGGGCGUGUGGCAACGCUGCUUCCUGGAAGGGCCGCCCGUGCCCGUGUUCUGCGUCCUGCUGGAGACCCUCGGCUGCCCACGCCCUAGCUUACAUCCGAGAGAGGUGGUGGAGGUUCUGGAGCAGUUCCUGCAGGAGGGACGGAUGUUGGCUCUGCUGUGGGAGGUCUGCCAGCAGCCAGUCCAGGCUGGCUCCCAGGAGCCGCAAGAGUUCCUGCUCAACAGGAUUGUGUGUUUGCCCAGCCACGUGAGCAAUAAACUGGAGGGGAAAAACCCACCAGUGUUCUUCCCCCAGAACUACUUCCCUCUCUUGGGUGGUACAAUUAUCCAGGUGCUGCAGAAGAUCUCUGAUUCUCUAAGAGGUGGCUUGGAUUGCUCAAUCUCUUUUGUUUCUCAUGUCGUGGGGAAGGUAUGCACUCAUGGAAGACAAAAGGAAAUCCUGGGCAUUCUGGUGCCCGGCCUGAUGGAGCUCACCAAGUCAGACUGCAUCUGGCAAAGAAUUUGCUGGCGACUGGUUGAAUGUGUGCCAGAUCGCUGGAUGGAGGCGGUGGUCCUUGGUUUUGUGCAGCAAACACCUGGGGCAGAUGUCCUGUCUAGGUUGCUGGGAAACUUGGUUGUGAAGAACAAGAAAGCUCAGUUUGUGGUGACACAGAAGGUGGUGCUCUUGCAGUAUGGCCACACGACUGCAGUGCUACAGAACCUCCUUGGCUACCUGGCUGUGGAUAGCCUUCGGCGUGCCUUGUUGAUCAAAGUGCUGCAAGAACUAUUGGAGACAUGGAGCAGCAGCAGUGCUGUGAGACACUCGCCACCUGAGCAGCAGCAGUAUAUCAGCAAGGCCAUACUUAUCUGCCUCUCCCACCUGAAGGAGACUGAAAUCGAGAGCUGCAGACAAGAGCUUCUCACAAGCAUGAUGGAGGGUGUGAAAUGCCACUUGGACAGCAGCCUGCCACAAAUACGGCGUCUGGGCAUGAUUGUGGCAGAGAGCAUUAGUGCAAAAAUAAACACUGAUGGGCCCGUCCUGAAGUUUCAGUAUGAAGAAGAUGAUGAAGCAAGAGAGCUGAAGUCCCUCCUGGUGCAGACUCCACCAUUCUGUGCUGUCCCCAGCCUUCCAUGUGAUGACAGGAAUGAGAAAGCAGACACUGCACUACCAGUGGUAUUGGAAAGUAAUGACAAAUCACAUACAGCAGCCCCUGUGAUGCCGGAUGAGGAGCUGGACACUGAGAUUGACAGUGAUGAUGACCUCAUCCCUUAUGACAUGUCAGAGGAUAAAGAAGUAAAGAUUAAGGCUCCUAUGUAUAUCCGAGACUGUAUUGAAGUCUUGACAGGAUGUGAAGAUAUGGACAAAUGGGAAGCUACAAUCAAGGCUCUUGAGAGCUUGGUUCGAAAGAAUCCAGAGGCAACAAGAGAGGUUAGCGUGGAGUUGGCAAAGAUACUGCUGCAUCUGCAGGAGAAGACCUGUAUUGAAGGCUUUGUGGAGCUCCGACAGAGAGCUCAAGUAGCUGUUUUAACCACAGAUCCAAUACCUGUAGCAAAGUACUUGACAUCCCAGUUCUAUUCUCUGAACUACAGUCUUAAUCAGCGCAUGGACAUUCUUGAUGUAUUGGUUUUGUCAGCUCAGGAGCUGUCCCAUCCCAAAUCCCAUUGGAAGACCAAGCAUUCUGGUGCCCCAAAACCUUGUAUCCAGCUCCUUCCUGAAAGUGACAGCUCUAAGGACUGGAGAAGAAUUGUUGAUGAGAGAAUCAAAAACAAGACUCGGAGAUUUGCUAUGGGUCAGUCUCAAGUGGAACUGGCUUCCAGCCCAAAUGAGUUCAAUUCUGUUGCCGGACACUUCUUUUUUCCAUUGAUUCAGCACUUUGACAGGCCUCUGACAACAUUUGAUCUCCUGGGGGAAGAUCACUUUGUUCUUGCAAGACUGGUCCACACUUUAGCAGUCUUGAUGUAUUUGGCUGUCAACACUGUGGCAGUUGCUGCAAUGGGAAAGGCACUGCUGGAGUUUGUUUGGGCUCUGCGCUUCCACACUGACUCGUACGUGCGCCAGGGCCUUUUGUCCUGUAUCUCCUCCUUGCUCUUCAGUGUCCCUGCAGAGUGUCUUCUGGAAGACAUGACAGAAGAGCUUUUGGAGACUCGGUCUUGGCUGGGAGAUGUGGUGGAGAAAGAUCCUGAUGGGGACUGCAGGAGACUGGCUUUGCAGAACUUGCUGUUCAUGGAGAACCUGAAAAAGAAACUCCAAACUGCCCCUUCCUAGCUGGAGGAUAAAAGAAAUGACCUUUUUGUGCUCCUGCCAGCUGGAUGUGUGUAGGCGCUGCCUGGGCCUCCAGCAGUCAUCUGGCUGGAGGAGGGGAAGAAAGGGGAAGGGUGCAGAGCUGUGAACUAGCAAACCUGACUUGACAUCUGGACUUUGUAGUGGAGGCCAACUUAGUGAGCUACUGCUAUCCGGUACAGCGUGUACAGAUGCAGGAAGGUAGGCAAGUGCUGCCAUCCUCCACCCACCCCCACCCCUGUUAUUUAUAACCUUGGCAGGUUUGAGUGCUCUUCUAAAAAUACAGGGAAGAU